AUGACACCUCCGGCAGACCACGCAGAGAAUGCCCAAGUUCCUGACAACCAGACGGAGACUUUCCGUUCUGAAGGCUGGAAGCGGUUCCGUGUCGAGCAGAAUUACACGGAAGGCGUCGACAGUACCACCGAGGUCCCAACCGUCCCACCUCAUGUAGUUGGUGACGAGGAGGGAGAAGAAGUGGGCCACGACUGGGGCUACACAACCGGAGAAAACCACUGCAACAACGUCCGAGUUCGUCGCCGCGUUUCCAAAGUCCCCUUCCCGGCGACAGGCGACAGCUCCGCCACUAAGGCGACUCAUCUGCAGCCCAAGCCGAACUCCUCACUUGACAAGAAAGUCAGUGGCGACGUCGACAGCAUGGGCACUGACCGCACUGGUGCUAUGGACAAUGUCUUCACGAGGAACUCUACAGACUUGAAUCUGUACUUGGAUGCCGUGCUGACAGACAUUAUGAAGAGCCACAAGAGAAAGCACUACCGUGGCCUGAAACGUUUCAAACGGAGCAAAGCCAUCGUCGUGCUGGCCGCAGUUGGUGUGCUGAUCGCUGGCUCUGUGGGACACGUCUACUUGCGACAAAUUGUACCGUGAACGGGGCCUUUAUACUUUGAUCCACGCUAUGCUUAUCUGAGUUCUGAUAUACUGCUGAUGAAAUCAUACCCCGCCAUAUCACCAAAGCACAGUAUCUACUUGGAUAAUUGGAUUUCGAAACCAAUAGCUUCAUACACAUUCAAACUUUGUUUAUUUUAUCCUUAA